UCGACCAAACAGCGCACUCAAAAAUUCGAUUCAACUGUUCUCUUAGGAGAUACGAUCUUUUUCCGCAAUGUCUUUGAACGUCCUUUUGAAGCAAUCAUUCCAGAGGGCCGCUCGUUUGCAAGCUACACGGUCCAUGACAAUCCUUUCUAAAUCUAGUGGAGAAGAAUACAAAAAGAUGAAUUAUACUAGCCGUAUGAAGAAUUCCGGACGACCCGUCAGCCCUCACGUUACCGUGUAUAAUUUCCCCAUCGCCGCUGUCGCCAGUAUUACAAAUCGUGUUACUGGGUGCGUCCUAUCGUUUGGCGCGCUGGGUCUCGGAGCCGCUGAGCUUUUAGGAGGUAGCGGAAGUGCCUUGUACAUCAUGCAAUUCGUAGGAUCUCAAGGCAUGCUGAUAUCCGCUGGAUCCAAGUUUGCCAUCUCGUUCCCCAUUGUUUAUCAUUAUGGGGGAGGUUUGAGACACUUGAUGUGGGACCAAUACCCCGAAAUGCUGACAAAUACGGAUGUUGCGAAGAGUUCCUACCAGCUUUUCGCCGGUUCCGCCCUUAUCAGCGGAGCCCUUAUGUUUAUGUAAAAGAAAACGAGAUAUCUAUUUUUACAUGAAUAUCAUUUG